AUUUGAUUUAAACACGAGUCACCACACUCGAGUCGGAUUCCUAAAUAAAACACCUCGAACACAACUCGCGUGUUGUCGAACUAGGUCACGAAUCCACUCUCCAAUUUGACAAGAGUUUACAAUAACAAAGAUGGCGGACGGCGCGGGAGAAAAAGUUAGUUAUUGGCGGGAAAUUACAUUAGUGUAUCCGGACGAGGAGAUUACAGUUGUGUUACCGGCUCCAAUCAUAACUAGGCUACAAGAAGGUGAUAUGAAAUUGAUGGCUGACAUAAAGAAAAACAUAAAAGAAACUGGAGUUCCUUUACCAGCUGAUUGUUCAGAGAAGAUGUCAACACAGUCGAUUGAAAAUGUUGUGGAUGACCUCGUUCAUGCAUGUCCUCAAACACCCAUGCCAAGUCCUGAAUCAGGUUCUGAACCAAGCACAAGUAGUGAGAAAGAAUUGCCAAAAGUGUGGAAUAAGAAAGAGACUCAACUGUUAUUUCAUGCAAGGAUGAAGUUGGAGAAGGAAUUUUCCGAAGCAAGAUCUCAUAAAACACUUUGGGACAAAAUAGCAAAGGAGUUGAAAAGUGCUGGGUGUUUAGUAACAGCCAGACAAUGUGAAAAUAAAUACAAGUCACUGAAGAGAGAAUACAGAGCAACAAUUGACCACAAUAGCAGAAGUGGAAAUGAUAGAAAAUCAUGUGCCUUUUUUGAGGAGUUCAGUGAAUUAUAUGGAAUGAAAGCAGGGUCAAGGCCUAAAUUUACCAUUGGUAGUUUCUCAGGUAGUGAUAGAUCUCAAAUGCAGGAAUCUUUUUCCAGCUCUGAUGAACAGCUCCCCAGUUCAAAAGAGAAACACACUAGAAAUAAGAAAGAUGUUCAAAAAAGGAAGACAGAUGGAGUCACAGAAUGGCUUCAGCAAUACGAAGAAAGGCAAGUUGAAUUUCAGAGAAACAAGCUGGAAAAAAUUAAAGAAAUGCAUGAUGAGAAGAUGCAAAUGAUGGGAAAGCUCUUGAAUGCUCUAGAGAAGAAAAAUAAUUGAAUAGAAGCUAGUUUAUAAAUUUCAUGAUAAUUAAAAUUAAUCAUAAUUACAUGUAAUUUGUUAUUCUGUUCCAGAAAUUUGAUUGACCUUCCGGAAGAAGUUAAUUUGAGAAUAGCAUCAUUUCUAGACAGAAAAAGUCAGAUUUCCUUUGCAGGUGUGAGCAGAUACUGCAGGUUCAUUGUUUUCAGUAUUGUUGAGGAUUUUUGCAUUUCUUGUAGUGCUCUUGGCAACAAUGUUUGUUUUUUGAAUUGUAUGAAAAGUUUAAGAAAAUUGUCUGUUAUUGGGCAUUAUGAUGAGAAAAAAUGCCAUUUGGAAGCACUAAGAAUGCUUGCUGUAUAUGUUCAGGACUUCCAUGCACUCAAAUGUAUUGAAUUCUCUGGUGUUCAAAUAGAUUUUUCUAUACUUCACCAAAUUAUUGUCAAUGCAAAGUCACUAGAAAUAAUUUGUGCAAAGGCAUCAACACCAUUUACUUUACAGUUUGUUUCCUGUUUGUUGGCUGUGAAAAAAAAUAUGAAAUUUAUAGAAGCCUCCAUUGAUUGUAAUGUUGAAGAGCAAAAGGAAUGGGCUAUUGUAAUUAAUAAAUAUGCAGGAAAAAUAUGUUUUGGACAUGACAUCAUUGAUUCUGUGCGAUCAUCCUUGUUGCACUAU